CUGGGGGGCCGGCUGCCCUGCUCCUUCGUGACUCUGGCCGUUUUGGGCUCCUACGCGCUGCAGUCGGAGCUGGGCGAGCACGACCCCGACGUGCACGGCCCCGACUACGCCAAGGAGAUGAAGAUGGCCCAGGGCCAGACCAAGGAGCUGGAGGACCAGAUGAUGGAGCUGCACCGCACCUACAGUUAUUUGCUGAUCGUGUCUCUGUGUCCCCGACAGGAUCUGGACGGCGUGGACAUCACGCUGGGCGUUUGCUCCAGUGGGCUGAUGGUUUACAAAGACAAGCUGAGGAUCAACCGCUUCCCCUGGCCCAAAGUACUGAAAGUGUCCUACAAACGGAGCAGCUUCUUCAUCAAGAUCCGACCGUCUGAGCUGCGUAAGGACAUCCUGGGGGGCCGGCUGCCCUGCUCCUUCGUGACUCUGGCCGUUUUGGGCUCCUACGCGCUGCAGUCGGAGCUGGGCGAGCACGACCCCGACGUGCACGGCCCCGACUACGCCAAGGAGAUGAAGAUGGCCCAGGGCCAGACCAAGGAGCUGGAGGACCAGAUGAUGGAGCUCCACCGCACCUACAGGUUCAGGGGUCAGGCUGGUGGGCUGGCCUCCAGCCUCCCCCCCGUCCCAGAUAGCCGAGAGGCGGCCGCGGAGGCCGGGUUCUGCCGCCCCCUGGUGGCCGAACAGAGCACUGCAGGACCACUCAACCCUGAAAUAAAUCACAGCUCACAAACUGAUCUGGACGGCGUGGACAUCACGCUGGGCGUUUGCUCCAGUGGGCUGAUGGUUUACAAAGACAAGCUGAGGAUCAACCGCUUCCCCUGGCCCAAAGUACUGAAAGUGUCCUACAAACGGAGCAGCUUCUUCAUCAAGAUCCGACCGUCUGAGGUAGAGAGAGAUGGAUGGAUAGAUAGAUAG